AUGGUGCAGGGCGAAAAUGGCGAAACCUCCUCUAAGAAGCUUCAUCCAUUCUUCACCAAGGCCGACAUCGACCAGCCUGCUGCUCCGCCGCCGUUGCCUAUAGAUGCUGCCCCGGCAAUAUCCGACGCAGCUCCUGCAGUUACCGCCGAAGGUCCCAAAAGAAAGCGGCGAAAGACAGAUACACCUCUCGUGCUCAAGUUCAACCCGAAAACGGGAACAUUGGGCUCUCCUCCGAAGCCAAAAGUCAUUAGCAAGCCAAGUCGCAUGGUUACCAUCAAGUAUGGACGGGAUGAUGAGCAUCGAAAAAAUAUGGGCAAGAAGAUUGAGGGAAUACUCGAGGGAAAGCUACAGCUGUCGCCGGUGCCUAGCAAACGCAAAGUGACCGAGCCCAAGCAGGCCCAAGCGGAAGUGGCACCUGAAAAGGCGAAAAGCACACACCCAUUCUUCACGGGCAAAGCGAAACCGCAGUCUGAAGCCUGUGCGCAAGCGGAUCCAUUAAAGAAGUCCUCAAGCCACAAAACCAGGGUUUUCAUGUCCACGCCUGUGUCGCCAAAGAACCCCAGGAAUCCAUUCGCCCCGGUUGGAAAGGGCAUCCAGUUUGGUAUCAAAUCAGGCGGCACAAAGGUUCCGGGUGCCACAUACCCACUAUGGCCAGCUCACGGUAUGGCUCAUGUACGGGGUGAUGACUUGUCAAGUACGAGAGCAGUCGUUCAAUGGUCUGGAAUGCGGCAGAGGAGGUCAAAGAGGGCCGCUGUUGCUAUUGCCCCACAAGAGUCCGUGUUGCGGCAUCUCGAACAUGAUCUAGAUGUCCCGGGAAUCCGGCAGAGUCUUCCUAGAGACAACAACAGCUUCUUACCAGCUCCUUCUGAAUUACGCGUACCUCAGAGACACUUCGAAAGCGGACGAAAGCUCCAACGCCGGAUUCGCCCACAGCUACAGAGUCGCCUUGCCGAUGACUCCUCUUAUUACGAUGUGGAUGUUGACGAGCUCGUGAAUCAGCAGACUCCCAAAAUUCAUCCUGCCAUCAGCCGUCUGUACAGAGCCCUCGAAGUCCAGCUGUCAGCCUUUGACAGAUCACAGUGCGAAGGCACCUCUUGGGUUCAGAAGUACGCUCCGGUCACGGCUGCCCAAGUCUUGCAGCCGGGAAAGGAGGCACUGCUGCUGAGCGACUGGUUACAGGCCCUUAGGGUGCAAUCUGUAGAAUCAGGAAGCUCAGAGGGCGACAAGGAGAAAGGCCAGCCCAAGAAGAAGAGGAAGAAGAACAAAUUGGACGGGUUCGUCAUCGAUAGCGAAGAGGAGGACGCCGAAAUGGACGAGAUUUCCGACAGCGACGGGGACUGGACCUCUCUGCCCGGCUCGAAGCUGAUCAAAAAGUCCGUGAUGCGCAGUCUCAAUACGAGUAAAGGCAGCCGUCUCACGAAUGCCAUCAUUUUGAGCGGACCCCACGGCAGCGGCAAGACAGCAGCGGUUUACGCGGUAGCAAAGGAGCUGGACUUUGAGAUUUUCGAGAUCAAUGCCGGUAGUCGAAGGAGCGGGAAAGACAUUCUGGAGAAAGUUGGCGAUAUGACGCGUAACCACCUGGUGCAGCAUAACCGAGGCGCCGACUUCACUGCCAUCGAUCCGGAAGAGGUAGCCAACGAGAUCAACUCCGGCAAGCAGGGCAUGAUGACCUCUUUUUUCCAACCAAAGCCCAAGUCGCAGCCAUCGAAACCCCAACGAGCGAAGCAGUCCAAGGAGAAGGAGAACGUGGAGAAAGAGGCAAAGGCGCCACCUAAGAGUCAAAAGCAGUCUCUGAUUCUCCUUGAAGAAGUCGAUGUCCUUUUCGAAGAAGACAAGCAAUUUUGGGCAACCCUGACGAGCCUCAUUGCACAGUCCAAACGACCGUUCAUCAUGACUUGCAAUGACGAGAGCUUGUUGCCCAUCCAGAGCUUGAACCUGCAUGGCAUCUUUCGGUUUUCCCCCGCCCCUUUGAGCACUGCCGUGGAUCUCUGUCUGCUGAUUGCUGCCAACGAAGGCCAUGCCCUUCAGCGAUCAGCCGUCGAAGCCCUGUACAAGUCUCGUAAUUACGAUUUGAGAGCAACGAUAACCGAGCUCAGCUACUGGUGUCAGAUUGGCGUUGGCGAUCGCAAAGGUGGAUUUGACUGGUUCUACCUCCGCUGGCCCAAGGGCUCCGACUUGGAUGAGAACGGCGACGUGGUACGAGUUAUCAGUCAGGAUACCUAUCAGCAGGGCAUGGGAUGGUUCAAUCGAGACCCUAUCGUCGCCACGAGCGGACUGGAAGCCGAACAAGAGGCCAUCAACCAAGUAUGGGACUUUUGGAGUCUCGACAUGGGAGACUGGUGCACCGGCACCUGUAUGAGCUCAUGGGCCACGAAUACCGCGGCAAGUCUUGGCACAUUGGAGGCGUAUGACGACUUUUGCAGUGCCAUGAGCUCUGCGGAUCUCUGCUCAGGGGGCGCCUACGGGGUCAAGCUGCAGGAGGUUAUGGACCCAACAAUACCCGAGCUCGCGACCCACGUCAGAGAAGACUUUAUCCUGGGGCAGGCUCUUCUAGAUGCCGAUGCCAUGGUGCAUCACGCCGCGCCGAGCAAGGCCAUUUCGACGUGCGUCAAGUCUCUCGCCCGGGCGACACUGCUGAACUCGACGACAAAGACAUCCGACGCAGCGGGAGACUCGGCACAGGCCUCUGCUCUACGGCCAAUAGACGAAGGGCAGGCUGUCUCAGUUCUUGACUCGUUCUUUCAGUCGUGUCCUCACCAAAUGACCAGGAUGGACAUUGCUAUCGCCUUCGACCCCAUUGCCGUUCCUCCCAAGGUCGCUCCAACAGCAUACCUCGACCCCUCCGUCUUUGACCGCACCCUGAAGCUCAUUGUCCUCGACGUCGCGCCCUGGGUCCGCGGCAUCGUAGCAUACGAGUACCAGCUCAUGCAGCGCCGCCUGAAACUGAGCAACCUCAUGAGCGAAGGCGGCAAGCGGAAGCGAAUGCGCACCACACGGAGCGCAUACUCGGCGCUCGAAGGCGGAGAGCGGAGAACGACGAGGCGAGAGAGGCACUUUGGGGAUUGUCUUUCUACGCAAAACGUCUUGCGCACGGGAGGCGACAGAUGGACGGAUUUGGUGACGGACGAGAUGGCAAAGUCGGAGCUGGGGGAUGAGAGCACUGCGGCGAGCAGUCCUGGGUCUGACGACAUCGCGUUGCCGUGACUUGCGGAGAAGUUGGAUUUGACUGACCGGUUAUGAGCACAUGCGCAGAGAUUGACGGGGCCUUUGAACCAGGCGUCUUGGGACGAAAAGAUGUUGACCAUUUAUAAUUCGGGGGAUAUGGAGCAUGGAGCAGAUACCGUGGGUUCUCAGGGCGCGUUGUUGAACAGAACGGCUCUCUUU